AUGCUCCCAUCACUGGGGCUGCUGUUUGCUGCCCUCUCCUUAGCCAGAUGCAUCCCCCUGCAGCAGGCACCCAACCGCAGCAAACUCCUCCUGGUGUCCUUUGAUGGUUUUCGGUGGAACUACGAUCAGGACGUGGACACCCCCAACCUCGACGCUAUGGCUGCAGAUGGGGUGAAGGCCAAGUACAUGACUCCUCCCUUCAUCACCCUCACCAGCCCAUGCCACUUCACACUGCUGACCGGGCGAUACCUGGAGAACCACGGCGUGGUCCACAACAUGUGGUUCAACACCACCACAGGGGUGAAGCUGCCCUACUACACCACGCAGGGCAUAAGCAGCUGGUGGGACAAUGGCAGCCUGCCCAUCUGGAUCACUGCCCAGAGACAGGGUUUGAAGACAGGCUCUAUCCACUUUCCUGGAGGAAAAGCAAAAUACCAAGGGGAAGAAGUGAGCAAGAAGUUGGUGGAGCCCCCCAUAUUCAACUACAGCAACGAAACCAACUGGAGGGAGAACAUCGACACGGUCAUGGAAUGGUUCACAGUGGACAACCUCGACUUCAUCGCACUCUACUUUGGAGAGCCAGACUCCUCAGGACACAAGUAUGGCCCUGAAUCCACACAGAGGAAAAACAUGAUCAAGCAGGUGGACAGAACCGUCGGUUACUUGAGGCAGCGUAUCCGGGAGAGUGGCCUGGAAUCAAAGCUCAACCUCAUCAUCACGUCUGACCACGGCAUGGACACCGUCAUAAAGACCAACGAGAUCCUCAUCCGGACCAUAAAGAACUUCACAUUCAAAGACAUCGACUUUGAACUCUUAGAUUAUGGACCAAAUGGACUCCUGGUGCCAAAAGAAGGGAGAUUAGAGCAUGUGUACUCAGUCCUGAAAGACGCCCACCCAAAACUGCACGUGUACAAGAAAGAAGAGUUUCCAAAGAGAUUCCACUACGCCAACCAUCCUCGGAUCACCCCACUUGUGCUGUACAGCGAUCCAGGAUAUGUGAUCCAUGGGAGGAUCAAGGUCCAGUUCAACAAAGGGGAACAUGGUUUCAACAACGAGGACAUGAACAUGAAAACCAUCUUCCGUGCCGUGGGACCAGCCUUCAAGAAGGGGCUGGAGGUGGAGCCCUUCGAAAGUGUCAACGUCUAUGCCCUCCUCUGCGAGCUGCUGGGCAUCACCCCUGAGCCUCACGAUGGCUCCCUGGAGGUCACCAAGCCCAUGCUGCAAGGGUCGGAGGACUCUGGGAGCGAAGGUGGGCACCGGGAGCAGCAGCAGGCGCCGGGGGUGACAUACCGGCAGCCUGCGGCCGGGGGCUCCCGAGCCGCGCUCACAGCCCGGCAUUCCCGGCAUCCCGGCACCGGCGGUGGGAGCAGCUCGCGCAUCGCUAAAUCGAGCACCACUAAACGCGGCAUCGCUAAACCCGGCACCACUAAACGCGGCAUCGCUAAACCCGGCACCGCUAAACCCGGCAUCGCUUACCGGAGACGGCAGUGCCCGGGGUGCGGACGAGGCCCCGCGCAGGACACCCCAUGGCCCGUCCGGCUCCCGCUCAGUCCCUGCACGCCGCGGGCACAGAGGCGUGGGGGCGAGGGCAAUUCAUAUCCCUGCGGCUCCCGCACGGUUAACGCGCACAACCGCCGUGCAGCAGCUCCUCACGCCGCCCUGCACGCCCCGGUGUGCGCGGUGCCGGCGCGGUCGCUGCUGCCGCACCCCCGGUAG